AUGUUUAAUCGCAGUUGUGGUUCGGUGCUAUUAGGAAUCAGUAGACAGCGCAUAGCUUUUCCUCGUAUUCGGCGAUCCUUCGAUACUUCAAAUGAUGGUAAUGCUGGUUCGCAAACUGAAAGCCUGCAAAGAUCUAAGACAUCCGAUAAAAAUAUAUCAAUUAGGCAAGAAUCAAAAAAUAUGGCCCCCAAGGCAACAACAAAUGAGAAUUUGAAACCAGAAGACAUACGAAAAAAAUUGUUGGAGGUCAAGCGGAAAAAAGAGUGGAAAAAACCGAAACCAAAUGAAGUGGCUACGGAAGAAAUCUUGGCAGCUGUCAAUUCCGUAGUUAAGGACCUUCAUCACAGUGGUAUUUCUGAUAAACGAAAAACGAGAAAUGAACUGAUUGGAAAGUUGAUAGAAUAUGAAAAAGAAAAAUUUGAAGCGGCAACCAGUGCGCAAUACAGUGAAUUGUUAUCCGAUAGAGCUUUCGCCACUUUUCUGGAAAGCCUCAAGGAAGAAAAAAAUAGGCCUCCACCAAGUGCUGUGGAAAAGCGACAAAUGCGCCAAGGCCUAUUACUACUGAAGCGUGAAAUAUUUUAUCAAGCUCUUCAGUCGGGUCACAAAGCAGAGGAUGCUCGUAGAAUUGCGGAACGUGCAGUGAAAAUUGCUGAACAAAAGGUAGUUGGAAAAAACGAAAUUCUAAUGCAAAAUUAUACAGAAAUGCAAAAAAAGAAUAUGUUGGAAGAAAUCGAACAGACUGAAAGAGAAAGUGCUUUUUAUAAUAUUGCACUACAGUUAGCAAGCAAAAUGCUUUAUCCGGAUGAUCUAUCAUCAGAGGAAUCUCAUAUAGCGCUUUCCAACGUUAUUCAUCCUGAUUGUCGCGUAGAGAAUAUAUUCAAGAAUAUCGAUAACAAGUUGAACAUUUUUAAAAUAGCGGAUAUACCAAAAUUGAAAGAUGACUCAAUGAAGCAGUGGUGUGAAUGGGAUAAAAAUGCUGCAGCGAUCUGGAACUCUUCCUUCGGUCCGGCUAAUGCUUUCGAAGAAAUGAUUGAGCUAACAGAGCAGGGGAAGAUGUGGCCUUAUCCAAUCGAUAAUGAAUAUCAGAUUGGUGAAGAAGAAGAUGUCGAUUUUUACGACCACAUAUUUCUGGAUAAAUAUCUCGCCCAGUACAAUUUGCCGGAAGAAGGGCCCGUCACACAGUUCAUGGAACUAGUUUGUGUAGGAUUGUCCAAAAACCCUUAUAUGUCUGUUAAGAAAAAGCAUGCACAUCUUGAUUGGUUUGCGAACUAUUUCAAAGAGAAAGCCGAAGAAAUUAAGCGGAUCCAAGAAAGCGCUGGCGUGUUGGUGGAAGGUUCGAUCUGAAUUUUUAUUUCGUUCUUCCUGAAUAAUUUCGAUUCGAAGUAUAGUUAAACAUUUAAAGAUCCGCUUGUUUUAAGUCCUGGAUAUGUGACACUGUCGACACGGCCCUUUGACUUUUUUCAGAAUUGUUUUUUUUGAUGCGUGAUUUUGUUUUAUUUGGUAUGUAUGCAUUUUUGUAAUGCUGGG